CAAUUGAGCAGGAAGCUAGUCAACAUACGAAAACGAAAGUAGCAUUCGCGCAGGACUAGAAUGGUAGGACGAAAAAUAUAUCAUUGAUAAUUUAUUGCGGUUUGAAGCAAUCUACACAAAGUUGAAGAAUGGAAGAACCAGAUUCAUCUGGUUCAGACCAAGAGAAUCAUUCACGUGAUGUACAUCAUCACGUGACUUCAAAAUUGGAAAGUGACGAAUCGUAUUCGGACUCAGAUUCAGAUGAAACUAAAGAACCCCAGUCUAUGUUAAAUAUCUAUAAACCCGGUCACGUCCCCGGAAAAUAUAAACAAAGUAUAGAGCCAGAGACAGAGAAACAUUCCGCAUGUAUUGCCGAGGUAGAAUCUUUGGAUGGUCACUCUGAUGAGAACAGUGAAGCAACUGAAGAACCGACUGACAGUCAGAAAGAUGUUAGUGCUGGCGUAGAAAUACAGGAAAAAACAGAAGGUGAGGAAGGUGCCCAACAAUUGUCAGUGGAAAUGGAAUCGAACUUUGCGGAGACGGGUAUAUUUGGCAAAUCAAUGUGUGUUAUUCCAUCUAUGCUGGCAGAAGAGCAGAGUAUAAAAGAGGAUGAUAUGAUAUUGUCGAAACCACGACCUCCAGUUCCACCAAAACCAAGCUUGGAUAUUUAUAAUCCAGCCGAGCCUGUUGUAAAAGUUGAUUCUGGUAUAGAAUCUCCUGAUAACCGCCCGAAACCAAAACCAAGAAAAUCGAAAACACCAAGUGGAACAUAUUCAGAUGAGCAACUUCUUCUGACUGAUGAGUUACCUGCCAAGAAGGUCAGCCCCAUGCCUUCUCCAAGAACGAAAAGAAAAUCAGAAGAGACAGAAGUACUAAGUUCGACAGGGAACGAACCCGAAAAUUUUGAAAAAAGUGAAAAAAAGGACAAGCAAAGGACAGAUUCAAAGGAAAUUUCAACAACAACGGAUGAAAAAAAGGGAAUGAAUAAUGAUGAAGAAACAGUUAGUGACUCCACAGUCGAGACUGUAGAUAUUGGCAGCGCUAAAGAUUUAGUGUUUGAUGACUCAUCUUUAAACAUAUUAUCAGAAAAGCAGGAAAUAACUGAAAAUUUCAGCCACCUGCACCAGAAUGAUGAUACACUUACAUCCUGUACAGUUGUGAAUAAUGAAAACAUUAACUUUCAGCAGUCAGUAGCCCGAAGCAGUUUUGAAGUAAUUAACACUGAAGAAGCUAUGGACAGUCCUCGUGACAGAGAAGGGGAUAAUAUGCUAUCUGAAGAAAAUGACUCCGACAAUGAGGAAACAGCUAGAUUUGUGAACGACUUUCAAGAUACAGAUUCAGGGAAAGGUGAUAUGGUAAUGGACCAGAAUAUAUCUGAUUCUGAACCAGAAGGAGAAUUUAGAACACCUGAUAAUCAUUCAGAAGAUGAGGGAGAAGCUGACGUGUUUUAUGAUAGCAAACUCACCCAUUCAGUAUAUAUAAAACAAAAACCAGAUGAAGACGUCGAAAAGGACGAAAUAGAGUCUACUAAAAUGGAUAAAGCUGCGACAGAUGAUGAAGAACCAUUUGGCGAUGACAAGUUCCUGAAGGGCGCAGUCUUAGAGAAAGUCAAAGCUUUUGAAGAUUCAGUUGUUGUCAUCGGGAAAGGAACCAUUAAAGAGGCCGGAUAUGACAGUCUUUCUAGCACUGUUUCUAGUGGUGAUCUUACCACUGUUACCUUAUCAGCAGAUAUGAAAAUUGGAGAGGAAAAAGAAGAAAAAAAAUCCUUAUUUGGCAAAAUAACUAUGUUUGAAAGCCUAGCAUCAGGAAAGAGCAAAAAUGGAAAUCAACCAGAUUUUGAAAAAUCAAGACGGAAUUUUGCAAGUGGCUCUAGCUUUGAAAUUUUAUCAAGCUGUAGUGAAGACUCGGAAUUAAAAUCUGAUACGUUUUCAGCAAAUCCCGAAAAACAUGAUUUUGAAGUGGAAGAAAGUGCCGAGAUAAACACAGAUACCGAUGUACCACGACCGACUGGACCAAAGUCAAACACUGUUUGGGAAUCUGAUGCAACAGGUGAACCGCAAGCAAUUCCAAAUACAUAUCCUGAAACACCGACAGACGUAAAUAGUGAAACAGAAAGCGAGCAUUUGCUAGACGAUGACCAUCAAUCUCCAGAACAGAGUAUAGAGUUGAAUGCCGGUUAUCAAGAUGAUAAUGAACGGAGCAAAGGAGAUUCAAUGCAAGACCAAAUGCCACCGCCUAUUGCUCCAAAAUCUGAAAGGGUCUUAGAUAGCCUGUGGUCACUUGCAGUAGAAAGGGCACCUAAUGUACCACCUAGAUCACUUACAUUAGAAACAGAAGGUAAAGAACAUGAUAAAGUAAACUAUGAAACAAAUGUACAGGGUCAGAAGUUGAAAAGUUCUGUGGUUUGUGAAGAAGAUUUCUUGCCUGAUACAGAGCAUGCAUCUCCAUCACAAGGAGAGCAUAUACCUGCUAAGUCGCCUUCGGAAGAGGAACAUACAUCACAGCAACAUCAACGUUAUGAUCAUCAACAAUCUCCAGAACAUAAUAUAGAGUUGAAUGCCGGUCAUCAAGAUGAUUAUGAAGGUAGCGAAGGAGAUUCAAUGCAGGACCAAAUGCCACCGCCUAUUGCUCCAAAAUCUGAACUGGUCUUAGAUAGCCUGAGGUCACUUGCAAUAGAAAGUUCACCUAAUGUACAACCUAGAUCACUUACUUUAGAAACAGAAGGUAAUGAAGAACAUGAUAAAGUAAACUAUGAAACAAAUGUACAGAGUCAAAAGUUGGAAAGUUUUGUGAUCUGUGGAGAAGAAUUUUUGCCUGAUACAGAGCAUGCAUCUCCAUCACAAGGAGAGCAUAUACCUGCUAAGUCGCCUUCAGAAGAAGAACACUUAUCACAGCAAUAUCAAAGUUAUGAUCAUCAACAGAUGCCGCAGUACCAACAACAGCAGCAGAUGCCAUCAUAUCCAAAUUUUCCGUACGAACAGCAACAGCAACAGCAACAGCAACAACAAACUCCUCCAAUGUGGACUCAACCAUAUUAUUAUCUGGAUCAGAGUGGAAAUAUUCAAUACACGAACCCAUAUGCUUUUUACAAUCCAAAUAUGAACCCAGGGAUGUUUUACCAAAAUCCCAAUAUGCAGUAUUAUCAACAGCCUUAUUUUUCUCACCAGAAUUAUGGGAAUCCAUAUGGACAGGCACAAGAAAGAAAACCAGCCUUUAGUUCACACACGCCAACACGAACAGAUGAAAAUGAUUAUGAGGAAGUUGGAGAAUCUGCGAGGGAAGAAUAUGGAAGAUCAAACGAUGAGGGUUCAUACGAACAGACAUCCAAAAGAGAUUCUGAUUAUGGUCCACGAACGGAAGCACAACCAGAAAAUGGCGAUUAUACGCAAAUUCGAAAGCCGACAAGCUCGGCACGUCCGAAAUCUUUCGAACAUGCUGACAAUCGGCAUGGUACUAAAGAAGAUCGGCGCAAAUCUUAUGGUCAGGAACAUUACACCGGGACAUCUCAUAAAGCUCAAAGAGCAGAACGUACAAAGUCUGAAAGUGCUGAAACGAUAAAGGAAACUGCUGAAAAAGACAAUGCCUCACCAUCUGUGCAAAGGUCUACGUCAAUGCCGUCUAAUACUCCACACGGAAAAAGGACAUCUAGGGGCAAGGAGGCGAAGAAAAAUGUUAGAAGAAGACUUAAAGAAGACGUUCCAGAGGACCACGAGGAGGCGGAAGAUUACUUCAUAUACUUCAAAGGCAUCAAUCCAGAUACAAGAAAUGAAAAUUUGGCCAACUUUGUGGAAGUGACUACUCAUGGAGAAGUUGACUCGAAUAAAGUCAUAUUUGAUUACUCAAGGACAUGUGCUCUUGUCACCGUGUCAUUGACUCAAAAACCAGAUAUGCAUAGCAUUGAGGAAAGAAUACAGAAGCGAGGUAUAGACACGAAAAAACCUGAAGUUUACGAAGUACAAUCACCAGGCAGUAUUGCCGUGAGCUGUGAAGAGGACAUCAGUAACCCUGAAUCACUUGGUCUUUACUUUGAAAGCCGUAGAGUUGGAGAUGCUGAAAUAAAACAAGAGCCAUAUGAAUCUGAGGAUGGAAGUUGUUUUGUUGUAGAGUUUGGAGAUCCCAAGGUCGUUAAAAGAGUGUGUGCAAUGAAGACUCCUCAUGUAUGGGAAAAUAAAAGACUACGAGUUUCCCCUUACUUCGAAUGUAAAGCUGGUUCAAUAUGGAACUCUGAGCUACAUGUCCUGAAGAUACCAGAACCAGCGGUUGUGACAUUUCAGCCAAAUUAUUUCAUCAUCUUACAGAGGAAAUGUUGUGAGGAGCUUCUUGCAAACCUGCAGAAGAACCAUUGUAACCCAAUAUUUACAGAGGAAGGACUUCGGCUCGAGUGUACUCUUACACCCAAAACAACUGGCUUUAAAGGUCUGGCUAAAGAUUGGGAAGAAUCCUCAAGACGUAUUGUUGACAACUAUAUAGCGGAAAAUAUCAUUGAAAGAACGUUACAGUCUUCUGAACAAGUCUGGGGAGAGCUGGUGGAAUUCUUUAAAUCAGAAAAUAUCCAAGUAAGAGAAGAUGUAGUUGCUACCUGUGAUAGUUCUGGUUUUGUAAUUCUACUUAUUGGCUUCAACAGCCCAGUCAAAGAUUUAUUGACGAAACUUAAGGGAAAACAUGCAGAAAUUGAAAAGCGGCUGAACAGAAAAACGGAGACGGUCUGGGUUGACUCUUUGAAAUUAAGGCUAUUAGAUACUAUUGGUUUUUUCCAAGAUUUGAAACGGGAAAUAGAGGAUACUGAAGUAUAUAUCGGUGAUGGCGAAGUAACGAUUGAAGGACAACCAGAUGAUAUAUCAUUCGUCCGUGUAAAACUAUACGAUGUCGAUAACCAGAUUUCAAUAACCAAAUGGAGUCAUGGGUUUUCCAACGAUUGUGUAGAUUUUGUUGAAAGGAAGUUGUUGGACAAAAUAUCAACCCUUUUAAAGAGCAAUAAUUUGACUGCAGUGUGGAAAAUAGAUAUGCGAGAUAUAGAGGUAUGUGCAUUUGAAGGCUUGGGGGCAUCGAUGUCAGGAGAAAAUGACUAUGAAGUGUUCGAUGAGGACCAUUACAGUUCUCCUGAUGAUAGAAGCGUUGGCAAAAAUGCAAAGGAACUUUUGAAAUCUGCCAUUACAGAGAUGCAGGAAACCGUCCAAGAUAGUAUAAUAGAAGUUUUGACAUCACCCGAAUGGGUAUCAUUUCUUGAAAACAUGACAGAAACUUAUGAAGAAGAUGCAGAGAUAGAAUUUAAAGAAAGUCUAGGAAAAAUUGUCAUUUAUGGGAUGAAAAAAGAAACAGAUUUGAUGCACAAGAAAAUGAAAGACUUCUUAGACGAAAAUGCUAUCAGGAGCGAAACAAUUCAAAGUGGAACAAUAAAUGUAAGAUUCAUCCAGAUGCACAGAAAAGACUUCGUCGAGAGGUUAGAGAAGAAGUUUGAACCUCAGAAAGUAAAGAUUGAACUCCAAGACGACUGUGUCAACAUCAGGGGUAACAAAAAGGGUAUAUCAGAAGCCAAAAAGGAGUUUAAGAUAUUUUUUGAUGCAAUCCAAUGUGAAAAAUACACCAUUCAGAAAGUUGCGGUGAAAGAUGUUUUCAGAGAUGAAAAGGAACAAGGGACAAUAGCUAUUGUUGAAAAAGAAACAAGUUGUCUUAUUAAACUACCUGGUGAAAAUGCUACCUUCAUGGAGCAAGCGAGUAUUGCUGGCGAAUCAGAAGACAGUGAUGAUGGUUACGAGGUCCCCAUAUCUGCUAGAGGCGCCACCGGAACCAGUCAAGAUGGGUUUGGUUCAGCAACAGCUGCGAAACCUAUAAAUCAAGGGUUCAAAGCACCUAACGGAGUAAAAGUCAAUCUUGUUAAAGGAGAACUCGGGCAAAAAGAUGGUAAUGUUAUCGUUGUAACAACAUCACCAAAUCUUAACUUGAGUAGCGGCAAUGCUUGCAAGUCGGUGCUUAAGGCAGGCGGAAAGAAACUCCAAGAUCAGUGUAAAGAAAACUACCCAAAUGGAAUAGAAUUUGGCGAAAUAGCAGUUAUUGAUGGUGGUGGAAGUCUUGAAUGCAACAAAGUUUAUUUGACAACAUUGCCAAACUGGAAUUCUGACCACAAUCCGAGACAGGUUUUGGAAAAAGUCAUGAAAGAUUCUCUAGAAUUAGCCUCGAAAUAUAAGAUGUAUUCUAUUAUUUUUUGUGCAAUGGGUACCGGACAACUCAAAUAUCCAACUGAUCUUGUAGCUAUGAUUAUGUAUCAGGCAGUAAUUGAUUUCGACCUCAGCCAUCCACAAACUACAUUAAAGGAAGUCAGCUUUGUUCUUUAUCAGAAAGAUUAUUCAACGAUCAAGGCUUUUGAAGAGGAAGAAAGGUUAAGAUUAGAAGGUGGUGGUGAAAGACCAACAUUUGAUCUAAAAGCCGGAAACAUGACGAUAGAAUUGUCAGUUGAAAACAUUGCUCAACAGAAGGUUGAUGGUAUUUUGUGCUCCACAUCUCCAAACAUGGAUUUAAGCCGUAAUGGUGCAUGUCAAGCUCUUCUUAGAGCUGGUGGAAACACCUUACAAGACGAAUGCAAAGCAAAAUACAGCAACAAACUUGAAGAAGGAAAUGUGGUUGAAAUUGGAGGUGGAAAGUUAUCCUGCAAGUCUGUAUUCUUGACUGUUCUUCCUGGGUAUAAUGCUGAUGCUAUCAGUAUCUUAACGAAAGUCAUACAGACACUGCUGCAACUAGCCCAGGCAAAAAGUCUGAAAUCUUUGGCGUUACCAGCACUUGGGACAGGUUUUCUGCGUUAUCCAAAAGAUGAGGUUUGCAAGUGUAUGUUUGAGACUGUGAUUGAAUGGUCGCAGAAAAAUCCCAACUCGAGUUUACAGAAUGUCCGAUUCAUAAUGCACGCAAAGGACCACGCUGUGAUUCAGAGGUUCAAGUCAUACAUAUUGAAUGCGAGAGGAAGGGGAAGAAGAGAAAGCAGGCAUUCAACUAUAGAUCCGAAAUAUCCAGGCUCUCGCCCAAAGACAGCAGCUCCUGCCCCACGACAAACGUCCUUCUACAAUGCACAUCCCGAUGGUGUACAUAUUGGAAAGAUAAAGUUAAGUGUUUUCAAAGAUGAUAUUCUGUCACAGAAGACAGAUGCAGUUGUAUCCAGUGUUGGAAAGGACUUUGAAUUCCUAGGCGCUGUAGCUCUUGAAUUGAAAAAGAAAUGCCCGAAGAUGGAACCCGAGUGUAAUAGAAAAGAUCGGGUGCAAAAGCUGCAUACACAGGGUGUUGUGAUGACCAAAGGUUUUGAACUUCGUGCAAAAUAUGUUAUCCAUGUAAGAUAUGCAGAGAAACUCGACGAAUGGCAAGAUCGGUUCCGUAAAUGUUUAGAGAAAGCAAACAAAAAGUCCUUAAAGACGAUUGCCUUUCCUGUGCUGGGUACAGGAAAAGGAUUUACAACUUUCCACCCAGAGGCAAUUGCUGGUUGUAUGUUUGAUGCAAUCGAUGACUUCAUGAAGGCAAACAGGAAUCCAUCAAUCAAGGAUAUUCGCUUAAUUGUUUACAAAGGACAGCCCACAAUGUUCACUCCAAUUAUGGAUAAGUUGCAUAAGAAAGUUCAAGACGCUGCUACAGCUUCAGGAAAAGACGGGUCGUUGGCUAAAAUAUUUUCUAAAACUUUUGCAAAAUAUACGAAGAAGGCUAUAGCUGCUGUAAGUGGCAAGGAAGAAGGUACUAUAUCCGAACAAGACAUGCAGAAAAUCCUUCAAGAAACAUCGUCGAUGGAAAUUCAGAUCUACUCAGACAGCAAGACUAAUAUUGAAAAGUGCAAAAAGGAACUGGACGCUAAACUAGAAAAGUUGUAUACGAAGAAAAAAAUCGAAAACUACAAAGAAAUCGUUAAAUCUCUUAAACAAGAAGAGAUGCAAGAACUAGACGUAAUUGCGCUAGCAAAUAUCAAUAUAGAUCCACAAUCAGGUGUAAUAACAAUAGAAGGACCAACAAAGCAAGUAUCUGACGUUACACAUGAGUUACAAAUGAAACUCUUGAAACUAGAGCGUAAAAGGCAUGAUAUCAAAUCUGCAGAAGAGCUCUUUAAACUUGUACAGUGGCAAUACGAGGAGGUUACAAUGACUGAAUUUAAACUAAUACCAUAUAACAAAACCUUGAAUCAGAAGAUCGAACAUGCAUAUAAAGCCAAUAAGUCUGCAUUCGAGUUCGAAGAUGACGACGGUGAUGAAUUUGUGAUUGACUUCAAACAGCUUAUAGAAUACCGGAAGUCUGAUGACCAAGACAAACUAAGAGUACUGAGAAAGGAUAUUCUGAAAUCUGCUGCGUCAGCUCUUCCUGAGGAAUGGGCAGCCAUGAAAGACAAUGAAAAUAUCAAAGUUGUAUCAAUUCCGAAUACAGACCAGACCUAUCUAGAUAUUUCAAACAGGUUCCUUACAGAAGUUAAGACUGGAUCAUACGCACACAGACUUAAUUUUAAUCCAAACAAUUUGCAAGUGAACAAGAUUGAAAGGAUACAAAACAAGACACUGUACCAGCAAUACCAGGCAAAGAGAAGACAAAUGACUGAGCAGAAACCUAACCUGCCAGCAAACAUGCCCAUUGAGAGAGAGUUAUGGCACGGGACCAAGUAUGAUGCAGUUACAAGUAUACAGAUGCACGGCUUCAACAGGAGCUACAGUGGGAAUGCAAAUGGUGAUCCAUGGUACGGAGAAGGGGUAUAUUUUGCUGGUAAUGCGUCAUAUUCCGCACGAGGUUGGCUGUCUGGUGCUGGCGCCGGUAGCAAGGGAUACAUGUUUCUUGUCAAAACUUUGUCUGGUCAAAUGUGUCAAGGCAAGAAAGGCAUGAGGUAUCUACCGGCAGUUGACACCAAAGAUCCCACUAUCUUGUAUGAUUGCGCUGUUGAUAAUCUACAAAACCCGAUGGAGUUUGUCAUAUUUAAUGACACACAGGCAUACCCUGCGUACAUCAUAACAUUUACCACAUGAACAGAUUACAUAUUUUGCAUACAACAUUUUCUAGUAAUAAAUACAAGUAUAACAUUUACUAAAUAUGGCUUGUGAUGCAGUUAUAAAUUAAUGUCGGAGCUACGUGUCAUUACGUUGUUGUCUUAGUGUACUUGAUUUUGUACAUUAUGGUUGUAAAACAUGACUAACAGAUAGGUUUUUAGUUCACUAGUUAAUGGAUACUCUUAUAUGAUGUAUCAGUAAAUAUAUACCGAAUACUUAUGUGACCAACCUGAGUUUUAUCAAGUUAUAGGUUUGUUUGAAACUCUAAUGUCUAAUCAGUUAGACAUACUAAUAUUCACUAAGAUCUUAAUACAUAGAUUUUUACUGUACGUAUUUUUCUGUCCUGGUUGCCCUACUACGAUAGAGAAUUUUAACAUAUAUAUAAAUUUGAUUAAUGUACUUUACUUUAUAUGAAUUAGAACAAUUGGAGAUGAAAAAUUGUAAAAUAAUUACCUCUUGCAACCAUUUUACAUUACAAAAAACGAAGUCCAUAAUCCCGAAGCUACAUACAGUUUUCAGUCUUGCCUGUUGGUGCAGAUUGUUGAAAUACACCAAUAUUUAUCAAACAGACAAGUAAAACUAGAAAUUUAAAAUAAAGCGUACACUUUUAUUACGGACCUAACAGUACUUAAUCGACUUUUGACACAUGCUAACAGAACAUGUGAAAAGUAAACAAAUCAAAAUGUUUUUAUGACUUUGAUAAAAUAAAGUCAGCAAUUAUAUGAGCCUGUGAAAAUCCCAGUCAGUUUUAGUGUGAUCAGUACUAUUUUUGACAGAUGAUUGCUUGUUAACUUAACUGCAAGUGUGGUUUUCUUUUAACAUUUUGACGUUUAUAUACACAUGAUAGUUGUUUUGUUGUCGCGGGGGUGGUAGAGGGGGGUGCAUUAAUAUUUGUAAAAGUUAAAUGUAUAUUGAACGACAAUUAAUGUUUUCUUUGUGUCUGUAUUUAGAUUUUAAUUAAGAAUUAUCAAAAUAAUCCGUGUUACUUUCUAGUUAAAUCAUUAUUAUCAUGCAUGUUAUAAUGUAGGCAUAUACGUUCUGAUAUUUACGUAUUACAAUUUUCCUUCAUUUAGUUUUCAAUGAAAUGUCAUAAGAAAUCGAUGAUAAUAUUUGUUUAUUAUUGUGCAAGUUAUUAUGUCUCCCACCACACAGUGGUGUGGGAGACAUAUUGAUUUACUCCAGUGUGUGUGUGUGUGUCUGUCACAAAGAUUGUCCGCACUCUAAGUCGAACAUUUCUCAUCCGAUUUUCACCAAACUUGAACAAAAUGUGUUUGACCAUGAGACCUCGGCCAAGUUCGAUAACUAGCCAAAUCGGUCCAGGCGUCUUUGAGUUAUGGCCCUUGAAUUAUCAAAAAUCGGCCUUUUUACUCUUGUCCGCACUCUAAUUCAAACAUUUCUCAUCCGAUCCUCACCAAACUUGAACAAAAUAUGUUUGACCAUGAGACCUCAGCCAAGUUAGAUAACUAGCCAAAUCGAUCCAGGCAUUUUGGAGUUACAGUCCUUGAAUUAUUGAAAAACCUGCCUUUUUACUCUUGUCCGCACUCUUUAAUUCGAACAUUUCUCAUCCGAUCUUCACCAGACUGGAACUAAAUGUGUUUGACCAUGAGACCUCGGCCAAGUUCGAUAACUAGCCAAAUCGGUCGAGGCAUUUUGGAGUUACGGCCCUUGAAUUACUGAAAAAUCUGCCUUUUUACUCUUGUCCGCUCUCUAAGUCGAACAUUUCUCAUCCGAACUUCACCAAACUUCAACAAAAUGUGUUUUUCCAUAAGGCCUUAGCCAGGUUCGAUAGCUAGCCAAAUCCGCCCAGGCUUUUUUGAUUUAUGGUCCUUUGAAUUACUGAUUGGAUCCACUCGUCCAGACCAUCUAAUUGGAUCCACUCAUCUAAGCCAUCUAGAGACACUAGACAUUUUUCAUAGGGGCAGUUGUGGGAGACAUGCGCUUUUCUCAAAAGCAUCUCUAGUUUUGUACACAUACACCUCCAUUUUAACAGUAUGCUUUGUUGACUAUAUUGUUAACCUUUUCAAGUUAAGAUGCAUAUUUAGAUUUUUUCUGGAGACAGAUUUGGUUUCAGUUGUCACGAAGGGCUUCAUUGAAUAGAACAUUCAUUUUUGCUCGACUAUGCGAAGAAUAGAUAAAGCUCUUGGACUCACCCAUGUGUCGGCGUCCACGUCGGCCUUCUGAUUUUGUUAAGUUUUUUUGUAUGUAAGCUGAUCUUGUGGGAAUGGAUUGAAACUUCGCACGCCUACUUACAAUGAUAAACUGGCUUACAUUUCACAGGUUCAAUAACACAUUUAGCUUUUUACAAAAUUAUACCGCUUUUUCGUCAUAGAAAUUUUUGGUUAAGCUUUUGUAUAUAGGCUGUUAUCUCAGUACCACUAAUGGGAAUGGAUUGAGACUUCACGCACUAAUUAACUUUGAUGAUCUGACAUGCAGUGCACAGGUUCCAUAACUGUACUCUGCAGGUUUUCAAAAUUAUGCACCUUUUUCGACUAAGAAGUCUUUGUUUUAGUUUUUGUGUGUAAGCGUAUCUCAUUACCAUCUAAUGUGAAUGUAUUGAAACUUCACAUACUGUGAUGAUCUGACAUUGCACAACAUGGGUCUAACUUUAACGCGAUGUUUUUAAAUAUGUCCCAUUUGACAUAACAUGUGAUGAUUUAGUUUUUGUAUGCAAGCUAAGCCUAGUAGUUCGUUACCCACAAAUGGGAAUACAUAAUUGUCCACUGUAAUGACCUGACAUGCACUGUAUAAGUUCCACAACUCUGCUUUUUAAUUUUUUUUCAAGCUUUUUUAGCUCACCUGUCACAUAGUGACAAGGUAAACUUUUGUGAUCACCCGACGUCCGUCGUCAGUCCGUCCGUGCGUCCGUCCGUCAACAAUUUCUUGUCUGCACGAUAGUGGUUUCAUUUAUGACUUUAUUUUAACCAAACUUGCACACAACUUGUAUCACCAUAAGAUCACGGUUCCUUUCUUGAACUGGCCAGAUCCCAUUAUAGGUUCCAGAGUUAUGGCCCCUGAAAGGGCCAGAAUUAGCUAUUUUGACCUUGUCUGCAGAAUAGCAGCUUUAUUCAUGAUUUGAUGUUUUCCAAACUGGCACACACUUGUAUCACCAUAAGAUCUUGGUUCCUUUCUUGAACUGGCCAGAUUCCAUUAUGGGUUCCAGAGUUAUGGCCCCUGAAAGGGCCAGAAUUAGCUAUUUUGACCUUCUCUGCACAAUAGCUGCUUCAUUUAUGGUUUUAUUUUAACCAAACUUGCACACAACUUGUAUCACGAUAAGAUCUCGCUUCCUUUCUUGAACUGGCGAGAUUCCAUUAUGGGUUCCAGAGUGAUGGCCCCUGAAAGGGCCAGAAUUAGCUAUUUUGACCUUGUCUGCACAAUAGCAGCUUCAUUUAUGAUUUGAAUUUAAUCAAGCUUGCACAAAACUUGUGUCACUAUAAGAUCUCGGUUCCUUUCUUGCACCGGCUAGUUCCCUUAAUGGGUUCCAGAGUUAUGGCCCCUGAAAGGGCCAGAAUUAGCUAUUUUGACCUUUUCUGCACAAUAGCAGCUUCAUUUAUGAUUUGAUUUUAACCAAACUUGCACACAACUUGUAUCACCACAAGAUCUUGCUUCCUUUCUUCAACUGGCUAGAUUCUAUCAUGGGUUCUAGAGUUAUGGCCCCUUAAAGGUCCAAAAUUGGCUAUUUUGGCUUUUGCAGCCAAAUAGAGACUUCAUUUAUGGUUUUAUUUGAUACAAACUUCCAAAAUAUCUUCAACAACAAUAAAUCUUGGAUUCCAUGACAAAUCAGAUCCAAUCAUAGUUUCCAGAGUUAUUUUAUAUCUGAUUACCUCCCCUGAUUGUAAUCAAAAUGGAUUUGUAUCAGUAAGUACUUACAAGACUAAUUUGAAAUUUCAUUAUUGUUAUUAGUUGGACUGAGACAAUCAGGGUAGAUAACUAUGGACUGAUUUUAUGUCAAAUUACCUCCCUUUAUUUCAAAUUAAAAUUGUUAUAUCUCCAUAGCUAAUGAAGAUACUGAUCUGAAAUUUCAUUUAUGUCAACAGAUUUAUUUGGCAGAUCCUUCUUUUGUCCACUUACAAUUUUUUUUAAUUACUUCCCUUUUACGUUAGUACAAAUAGCUUAUUUUUAGUAACUUUUUUAUUAUUGGCCGUAGGGAAAACAUGGAUGGUACCUCCAAUUUUUAGGUGUAUUUUAACAUAUCUAUACCUUGUAAGAUUUUUUUUUCUUUUUGGUUAAAUUUCUUCCCUUUGUUGUUCCUGUCCUUUGGACUUAGAUAUUUUUUCUGAGGACCUUCUUGACCUCAAGUGCAAUGAUAACAGGUGAGCGAUAUAGGGCCAUCAUGGCCCUCUUGUUUCAUAUUUUUCGACGUUUAUAUUAAUUAUAUUGACAAGGAUGUUGAGUAGUCAAGCGUUGCUGUACUCCGACAGCUCUUGUUUAUUACGUUUCCGUUUGCAGGCGAAUUAGACUAAUGCGCAGUCACAAUUUUCAGGCAGUUUCCUUUUCUGUGUCCGGCACCCGUCGUAAGGGUACGUUUUAUUUCAAACAACUGCAUGACAUGAAUAAGAUGAUAACUUUGUCAGACACAUUCUUGCCUAGAUCUUUCUUCAAAGUGUUUAGGUAACUUCGCCUGUUUGGCUCCAUUUAGAUGUCGUCAGAGAUUUAAAUGAAUUACAAAAAAUAAUAUGGCGUGUUUUCAUGAACCGACUUCUGGAUGUUCACCAGAACCAUGUAUGGACCAUUAUCAAUUUUAUUUCAGUUGAAUCUGCUUGACUGUAUUCAGGGACUGCCAGGGCGAAGCAAAGAACAGUUUUUAGUGAUUUCUUAAAAGCCUCUAUAUAGAUGUUUAUCAAACUUUAUAAGAAACAUCCGUUUACACCUGAUUUGUUUUCAAAUUACAUGUACUCUGCUUUGAGACUACCAGAGGUAGACGCAGAAAGAAAAACCUUUUAAUAACUUUUUCUAACGAACCGCUUCAUGCAUGUUCACUAAACGUCUUUUAACACAAUGUCCGGAAUGCAAGGGCCUCAUCAAAUGACGUUGUUGCCUCAUUUACGCGUCUUGUUUAUUCUGAAGAAAAUUUCAUUAAAAUAUUUAUCAUAUUCGGAAUAUGUAUUUUUCUAGUCUUAUUCUUUUUCGAUAUAUUUUGACCUACGAGUUAAGUCCGAUGACUCUAAAACAGAACGUAAAUAUACUGUUUUAUAAACAAGAAGUGUGAACGCACUUUCUUGUUACGACUCAUAUGGGGUAACGUUACCAACUGACGUAUGUUCAGAGGAUUAUGAGCUAAAAAAGUAUAGUGUUGUAUAUUUUAUCUUAAUACAUUUUGUUUCAACAAACAUGACUUUUAAAUAAAUUUACACGUAUCUCUGUUUUCAUGUGGAGUGUCGACGAAAGUUUACACCACGUAUCACUAUUUUCUUGUUAACUGCUGUAUGAAAGGAAUUUAAAAUUAAGUUUACAAAUAGUUCUGUUUCGAUGAUGGAUGCUGUAUGAAAGGACUUGAAAACAAAUUUACUUGUACGCCUAUUUCCAUGUAUUGUGUUGUAUGUAAAGACUUAGACAUCCUCAUUUCCUGUGGAGUGCCGUAUGGAAGGACUUGAAAACAAAUUUACUUGUACCCCUAUUUCGCUGUGUUGUGUUGUAUGUAAAGACUUAGACAUCCUCAUUUCCUGUGGAGUGCUGUAUGGAAGGACUUAAAACAAAUUUACUCGUACCCCUAUUUCGCUGUGUUGUGUUGUAUGUAAAGACUUAGACAUCCUCAUUUCCUGUGGAGUGCUGUAUGGAAGGACUUAAAACAAAUUUACUUGUACCCCUAUUUCGCUGUGUUGUGUUGUAUGUAAAGACUUAGACAUCCUCAUUUCCUGCACAGUGCUGUUUUGAAGGAUGAGUUCUUUGAAUAUGAUUCUUGCUGUUAGACUUUUGUCAUUAUUUCAUAAAGUAUUUGAAAUACCUAACUGAAUGUGGUAUGCAUUAAAAAUGACGCAGUGUUAUAAUGGAGCAAAAUUGUUUUUGAAAUUUUAGUCUAAUUAGUACAUAAUAAAACAGUAGUGCCUUCCAAACUACUCUGGUUCUGUGAUAAUUUUCAUAAACCAGUUUCUCGGCCUUGGUGUAUUCUGUCACAUUAGUGAAAUUUAUUCUUUUGUUUUCCUGUCGUUAUCGUGUCUUGCGGAUUAUGAUUGAUUUACGUUAUACUCGGAACCUUUUUUGGUGAAUUGAUCGUAGAACAUGUAACUUAUAUCUAUUCGUUGAACUGUAAUUAAUAUUUAAUUGUAAAAUAUCUAAUUUAUAUUUCAUUAGAAUUAGAAUCACUUAACGUAUAUUUUCGUUAAUAUGGCAUGAGGUUGUUCGUAUAUAAUAAUUCUAAUGGUAAACUGUGUUAAUUCACCGCUGUAAAUAUUUAUAUUAGUAUAAAAUGAUUUAACUAUCAACUUGUUCUUGUGUUUACAGUUUAAGUUUUGAAUGUUUUCUUUUGAGUUAUUAAGUCGAUUGUUCUGAAUCUAGAUGAAAAAUUACCUGCGGUUAUACGAAAACUGCACUCCCUAAUCUUGUUUAGUGUAGAAAAUUUGGAGGUGAUUUCUGCUUGGAAAAAAACGUCAGUUGAACUUUAAAUCUGCUUUAAGUGGUCACCAAUUAAAGAAUGGCAUUAAUGAUACAUGGAAAUAUUUGUAGUAUUUUUAGCUCACCUGUCACAUAGUGACAAGGUGAGCUUUUGUGAUCACGCAGCGUCCGUCGUCCGUCCGUCCGUGCGUUAGUCCGUCCGUCCGUCCGUCCGUAAACUUUUGCUUGUGACCACUCUAGAGGUCACAUUUUUUGUGGGAUCUUUAUGAAAGUUGGUCAGAAUGUUCAUCUUGAUGAUAUCUAGGUCAAGUUCGAAAGUGGGUCACGUGCCAUCAAAAACUAGGUCAGUAGGUCUAAAAAUAGAAAAACCUUGUGACCUCUCUAGAGGCCAUAUAUUUCACAAAAUCUUCAUGAAAAUUGGUCAGAAUGUUCACCUUGAUGAUAUCUAGGUCAAGUUCGAAACUGGGUCACGUGCCAUCAAAAACUAGGUCAAUAGAUCUAAAAAUAGAAAAACCUUGUGACCUCUCUAGAGGCCAUAUAUUACACAAGAUCUUCAUGAAAAUUGGUCAGAACGUUCACCUUGAUGAUAUCUAGAUCAAGUUCGAAACUGGGUCACGUGCCUUCAAAAACUAGGUCACUAGAUCUAAAAAUAGAAAAACCUUGUGACCUCUCUAGAGGCCAUAUAUUUCAUGAGAUCUUCAUGAAAAUUGGUCAGAAUGUUCACCUUGAUGAUAUUAAGGUCAAGUUUGAAAGUGGGUCACGUGCCAUCAAAAACUAGGUCAGUAGGUCAAAUAAUAGAAAAACCUUGUGACCUCCCUAGAGGCCAUAUUUUUCAUGGGAUCUGUAUGAAAAUUGGUCAGAAUGUUCAUCUUGAUGAUAUCUAGGUCAAGUUCGAAAGUGGGUCACGUGCCAUCAAAAACUAGGUCAGUAGGUCAAAUAAUAGAAAAACCUUGUGACCUCUCUAAAGGCCAUAUUUUUCAUGGGAUCUGUAUGAAAGUUGGUCUGAAUGUUCAUCUUGAUGAUAUCUAGGUCAAGUUCGAAACAGGGUCAUGUGCGGUCAAAAACUAGGUCAGUAGGUCUAAAAAUAGAAAUACCUUGUGACCUCUCUAGAGGCCAUACUUAUGAAUGGAUCUCCAUAAAAAUUGGUCAGAAUGUUCAUCUUGAUGAUAUGUAGGUCAAGUUCGAAAGUGGGUCACGUGCCUUCAAAAAGUAGGUCAGUAGGUCAAAUAAUGAAAAAACGUGACCUCUCUAGAGGCCAUAUUUUUCAUGGGAUCUGUAUGAAAGUUGAUCUGAAUGUUAAUCUUGAUGAUGUAUAGGUCAAGUUUGAAACUGGGUCAACUGCGAUCAAAAACUAGGUCAGUAGGUCUUGAAAUAGAAAAACCUUGUGACCUCUCUGUUCAGAACAGGGUCACGUAUCUUCGAAAACUAGGUCCAUAUGUCAAAUAAUAGAAAAACCUUGUGACCUCUCUAGAGACCAUAUUUUUCAAUGGAUCUUCAUGAAAAUUGGUCAGAAUUUUUAUCUUGAUAAUAUCUAGGUCAAGUUCAAAACUGGGUCAUAUGAGCUCAAAAACUAGGUCACUAUGUCAAAUAAUAGAAAAAACGACGUCAUUCUCAAAACUGGAUCGUGUGGGAAGAGGUGAGCGAUUCAGGACCAUCAUGGUCCUCUUGUUUAAAGUAUUGCCUUGUAUGUCUUACUUUGUUGAUUGUAAAGCAAAAACUAGGUGCAUUUCAGAUCAGAUUUGCUUAUUUAUCAUUUAGUAACUUUUUGAGAAAUAAGAAAUCUGUUAAGCUAAGGUAGAAUUCUUCAAGUUUAUACAUUUUAACCAGUCUUCAUUAAAGAUACAGGAUAUUUGUGAUGUAACAGCUGUGGUCUUAAAUGUUACAUAAAGGUACGUAUCUGACCAAACAGCACAUUCCAAGAUAUCGAUGUCUUUACUUAUGAUGUUUACUUCGUACAAUAUAAACUGAUAUAACAAAUAUUGUGAAAUAUUUUCAUAACAGAGCUCGAUAAUCACCAUGUUUAUGUCAUGAUUUUGUUUUCUUUGAUUAAAUAAAAUUUCACAAUCUG